UUUAUUUACAUAGCCUGUCCCCACUUCAACCAUAUUUGUUCACUCGGAUGAUCAAAGACAUCAGUGUCUUUGAAAUCCAAGGAUUACAAGUUUGGUCCGUUUCAAUUACAUUUUCUGGCAAACUUUUGAUGUGUGUGUGAGGGAGGAUGAUGCGGUCUCACAAUAUCACAGGCGAAUAAAGCGAAAACAAUGUGCGUUUAUUAGCUAACUAACAAAAGACACAUUCAAAAUGUUCAGAAACUUAAACGAUACUCCAGGACGACUGAUGUUGUUACUCUCCACGUGUUUCAUUAACUAGCUAUCAUCGCAAAAGUUUAAAGAGUACAGACCUGCUGUAUUAUAAAUUAGUUUUACACUGCUUGUAGUGAACUUCUGUUGAUUAUUGUCAAUAACCUUUAAUUUAGCAUGAUCUUAUAAGGGCCUAUAGGUGUCGAAUGAUAUGUUGAAACUAUGAGCAACUUAAAUACUUUUAACCCGAUUGUGUUAAAUGUAGUUACAUCUCACGAACGAACUCCUUGUUGGAUUGUUUUUUGUUGCAGUGUACAGUAACGUUAGAAAGAUAUCAAAUAAGAUGCUAACUAGAUAACGCUAGAUAGGCCUAACGUUAGUUGGAAAUGAAGUUAAUCAUUGGGUGGCGAGUUUUGAAUGAAAGCUAAUUUAGCUAGCUAGUCAAGAAAUGGACAAUAACAAAACUAAACAUGUUUAGCUAUGCAACUGCGCGUGCCACCUUUUAAUUAAAUUACACAAGCCCUGAAAAUGUUUAGCCCUUUUUUGUUUUCGUUAUUGACAGUUUUGAUAAGCAACUGGAUAGUGGGAUCUUUUAGCUAGCAAACAACCAACUUCAAUGUGACAAGUUAAAUAACGUGUCAUGGUUACAUUAGCUCGCUAUCAUGAAAGACUGCUAUAGCUAGUUUGCUGACAAGUUGUGUAUUGGAUGAGAGAUUCAGGUCUAUGCAGAGGGGCGAUAUCAGCAACAGCGCAUGGUCACGUGUAGCAGAAAGCCUUGCUAGUAAGCAAUGACAACCGAAUCUAAUUUUCUGUCGUUAGAAAUUAGCUUAUAAAUGAUUAACUACGGAAGUUGUCUGUUUUCAAAUUGCAAUUUUAAUAUAUUUGUGACAUGGUUAAUAUUUGUGGCGAGCUAGCAUAGCUUAAUGAAACCAAUGUUUUCAACUAGCUAAUGUUCGCUGCUUCAUGCUAAUAUGCGUUUAUCGUGGGAUGGAUGUUGGAAAACGCAGUUAAACAUUAGGAGGAAGGAGGACCAUCCUCCUCAGUGAAUUUCAUAAAAAUGAUGGAGGCGAACAACUAUUUCAACUAUGGCAGCCACUCCUCUGUGUCUGUUAACUCAGGACUGAAACUCUCCUCAGGGGAUUCUGUCUAUACCAAUGGGUCCUCCAUGAGUUUCCCUCAGCAGGAGAAGAAUAUGAACGGUGAAAUGAAUGUGAAUGGCAGCACUACUGUAAUUGGGUCCAGUGUGUCUGGCUCCCAACCUCCAACAUCCCCAUACCCUCAUAUGAGCAACCACCACCACCACCAGAGUAGCAUGGGCUACGACUACCUGUGGGGAGGACAGCCACAAUACAGCCCAGCCAUGAGCUUGUCUCCUGGGCAUGGCAUGCACCAGAAGCAGCCUUCCACUGGGGUGAUGCAGCAACAGAGCCAGCAGCAUUUCCAGGGUCACGGACAGUACCAACUGAACGGGGGCAUGCCUGGGUCCCGUCAGCCUCACGUGGUGCCCCCCCCAAACAUGACUCUUACAGGGGGCCAGUACUGGAACAGGGUUAACCCGGGGCAACAGCAGAGCAGCGCAGCCAUGGCAAUGGGGUAUAACUCGCACAGCGUGCACGGGGCCUACCAGAGCCAGGUGCACCCUGGGAUUGCGCCCUCACAGCAUCACCAGCAGCAGCCUCCACAGCCACCCCCUCACCAACAGACACAGCAACACCACCACCACCAGCAGCAGCAACCUCAGCACUACAGCAUGGUGUCCAACGGGAUUCCCUACUACCAGCACCAGCCCCAGCACCCACCUCUUCCCGCUCCACGACCUCAGGCUCAGAUGAUGCCCCCUACCUCCCAGAAUUUCACCCCUCCACGGGGAAGCCCCCAGCACCACCAGAUGGGCCGGGGGGGCACAGGCAGCCCCCUCGCCAUGGCGGUGUCCUCUGUCCCCAUGAUGUCACCCUCGACAAUGGCGGAUAGUGGAUCGCCCCAGAGCCAGACCAGGGAGAGGAGUCCCCAUGGUGGUUCUGUAGCGAGGCCAGCUGUCAUGCAAGGGCGGAUGAGUGAAGCGUUUAAGGAUGUGGAUAAAGGCUACAAUGGGAUGGAGAGGACGUCUGUCGCCCAGCGGCUGCCUAAAAGCGACAGCUACCCUCCCAAGCCCCCUGGACCUCCCAUGGGGCCCACCAGUGACUACUGCCAGCGCUCCAAGCAGCCAAUGGCCCAGCACCAUGAAAUGACAACCUUAGCGAGGGAGUCUGCGCUGCCUGAGCCUCCACACUCGAUGUCGGCGCCUCCCCCUGUGGUUUCCAUACCUCCUUCAGCUAAGGCAGCAACCCCUCCUAGGGUCUCCGCAGCUGCACACAAGCCUAAGAUCACAAUACGCAAUGCCAAGCGUCGGCUGGAGUGGUGUAAAGCUCGCCGCCAUUGGACUCUGGAGCAGUGGAAACGUGUUCUCUGGAGUGAUGAA